AUGCCGUUCUUCAAGAACGACCUCACUGCUGGCAGCACGAAAGGUACCAACCACAUCCCGGGCUACCAGGGUAGUGUUCCCACUUACCCUGGCUUUAGCGAGAGCCACCUUCGCGCCGCGGGCGGCACUCAGCCGAGAUCGGUGGACAAGACCAAUAUCAUCCACAUCUUUCACCGGGAGUUGGUGGGCUAUGCGGGCCACGUGCCGGAAGCUGCUUGCAACGACCUGGGCGGGCGCCAGCCCACGGAUCUCACCACCUUUGGCCACGACUUCAAGCCUCACACGGGCGCGCUGGGCUAA